UAUAAAAAGCAUCACUGAAACAGAAAACACUGCUAGGAAUCUUUAGAAUCCAAGAAACCAUGAGUGUUCUCCUUGCUACUCUCCUCUUACUAAUCCCAGUUCUUCUUCUUUUGAUCAGAAGAAGAAAGCCAUCCAAAAGGGUCCCACCUGGUUCACUUGGAAUACCAAUCAUUGGUCAAAGCCUUGGCCUUCUUAGAGCAAUGCGUUCAAACAAUGCAGAGAAAUGGAUUGAACAGAGGAUCAGAAAGUAUGGUCCUGUUUCUAAGCUAAACUUGUUUGGAACACCAACUGUUUUGAUUUAUGGACAGGCUGCAAACAAGUUCAUAUUCGCUAACAAUGGAGGCACAAUUGAUAACCAGCAAACACAGUCCGUUAAGAUGAUCAUGGGAGAUCGAAACAUACUUGAACUUAAUGGCGAAGAUCAUAAGCGAGUCAGAAGCGCGCUCAUGUCUUUCCUCAAGCCAGAAUCCUUGAAGCUGUAUGUGGGGAAGAUUGAUGGAGAAGUUAGGAGGCACCUUGAGAUGCAUUGGAAGGGAAAACAGAAUGUUAAGGUGUUACCUCUGAUGAAGACACUCACAUUCAACAUAAUUUGCUCUCUUUUGUUUGGUCUUGAGCCUGGAAAGCAGAGAGAUCAGUUCCUAGUUUCUUUCCAUACAAUUAUCAAAGGAAUGUGGUCAAUUCCUAUUAACUUGCCAUUCACACGCUACAAUCGCAGCCUCAGAGCAAGUGCAAGGAUCCAGAAGAUGUUGAAGCAGAUUGUGGACAGAAAAAGGGUUGAACUUGAGCGAAAUGAAGCCUCUACUCACCAAGACUUGAUCACUUGCUUAAUUGGCAUACAAAGUGCUGGUGAUGAACAGGUUAUCACUGAGAAGGAGAUCAUUCAUAAUAGCAUGCUUGUCAUGGUUGCUGGAUAUGACACUUCAUCUGUUCUAAUCACUUUCCUUAUCAGACUCUUAGCUAAUGAACCUGCAAUUUUUGCAGCAGUUCUUCAAGAACAAGAAGAGAUAGCAAAAAGCAAGCAAUCAGGAGAGCCUCUAACUUGGGAAGACCUUGCAAAGAUGAAGUACACAUGGAGAGUAGCAUUGGAAACUCUUAGGAUGUUUCCUCCCAUCUUUGGUGGCUUCAGAAAGGCAGUGACAGAUAUUGAAUAUGAUGGAUACAUUAUUCCCAAAGGGUGGCAGAUCUUCUGGGUUACAGCAAUGACUCAAAUGGACAAUAGCAUAUUUCCAGAACCAACAAAGUUUGAUCCAAGUAGAUUUGAAGACCAAUUGUCUAUUCCUCCAUACUGCUUCAUUGCAUUUGGUGGGGGAUCAAGAAUAUGUCCAGGAUAUGAGUUGGCCAGGAUUGAAACUCUUGUUUCAAUCCAUUAUCUUGUGACAAGCUUCAGUUGGAAACUAUGUGCAGACGAUAACUUCAGUAGAGAUCCAAUGCCAGUUCCAACUCAAGGGCUUCCAAUUGAGAUUUGGCCAAGGAAAAAUCUUCCUUAAAAACUAAACCUUCAUGUCAAGAACUGUAGUACCAUAAAUAAGCCAUUGUUGGCAGGUUACCACAUAAAUUAAUCUCAAGCUGGCUUUUUCA